AUGCCACCUAAAAAGAAAGAAGAUGCCAAACCAAAACCACUCAUUGGCCGAAUUGGUACUAAUCUAAAAAUGGGUAUUGUUGGUUUACCAAAUGCUGGGAAAUCAACAUUUUUUAAUAUUCUAACGAAAUCUAGUGUACCUGCGGAAAACUUUCCUUUUUGUACCAUCAAUCCAAAUGAAAGUCGAGUUCCAGUACCGGAUGCACGAUUCGAUUUCUUAUGUCAUCAUUAUGAACCAUUAAGCAAACAACCAGCAUUUCUCAAUGUUGUUGAUAUUGCUGGUCUAGUUAAAGGUGCCAGUGAAGGUCAAGGUCUUGGAAAUGCAUUUCUAUCGCAUAUAAAAGCGUGCGAUGGCAUAUUUCAUAUGGUUCGUAUUUUUGAUGAAGUUGAUAUAGCUCACGUCGAAGGAAAUAUCGAUCCUAUUCGUGAUAUUGAGAUCAUUCAUGAUGAAUUAAGAUUAAAAGAUCUUGAAUUAACAAAAAAAAUUGCCGACGAUUUAGAAAAAAAAGCUGUACGUGGAAACGAUAAAGCAUUAAAAUUUGAUCAUGAAACAAUACAAAAAGUAUUACAUAUGUUAAGCGAAGAAAAAGGUAGCGUUCGUUUUGGUGAUUGGAACGAAAGAGAAAUCGACGUUUUAAAUAAACAUUUAUUUAAUACAUCAAAACCAAUGGUCUACCUAUUAAAUAUGGCUGAAGAAGAUUAUAUUAAGAAGAAAAAUAAAUGGUUAGGAAAAGUUAAACAAUGGAUUGAUGAACAUGAUCCCGGUGCGACAGUUAUACCGUUCAGUGCUAAUUAUGAAUAUCGUCUUGUCGAUUUACCUGAUGAAGAACGUGAAAAAGUCAUUAAAGAAACAGGAGCAACAAGUGCCUUGGAAAAAAUUAUUCUGGCUGGUUAUCGAGCAUUGCAAUUAUGUUAUUUUUUCACAUGCGGAAAAGAUGAAGUUAAAGCAUGGACUAUUCAAGUUGCUACAAAAGCACCACAUGCUGCCGGACGCAUUCAUACGGAUUUUGAAAAAGGUUUCAUUAUGGCUGAAGUUAUGAAAUAUGAAGAUUUCAAAGAAUUUGGAAACGAAAAUGCAGUUAAAGCAGAAGGAAAAUAUCGACAACAAGGAAAAAAUUAUACUGUUGAAGAUGGAGAUAUUAUCUAUUUCAAAGUUAACGCUGGCGCCGGCUUAAGUGCAGCAAAAAAAUAG